GCGGCCGCGCUGGUGUCCAGCUGCUGGCUCGUGGCUUUAUCCCUUCUCCCCGCGGCCGCCGUCUACGAAGACCAAGUGGGCAAGUUCGAUUGGAGGCAGCAGUAUGUUGGGAAGCUCAAGUUUGCCUCCUUGGAAUUUUCUCCUGGAUCCAAGAAGCUGGUGGUGGCAACAGAGAAGAAUGUGAUUGCAGCUUUGAACUCGCGCACGGGGGAGAUCUUGUGGCGCCAUGUGGACAAGGGCACACCGGAAGGGGCUGUGGAUGCCAUGCUGCUUCACGGUCAGGAUGCGAUCACUGUGUCUAACGGGGGCCGGAUCAUGCGUUCCUGGGAGACCAACAUUGGGGGCCUGAACUGGGAGAUAACCUUGGACAGUGGCAGUUUUCAGGCCCUGGGCCUGGUGGGAGUGCAGCAGUCCGUGAAGUAUGCCGCAGUCCUGAAGAGGACCACGCUGUCCCUCUACCACCUCUCCAGUGGGCACCCGAAGUGGGUGGAGCAUCUUCCUGAAAGCGACGGCAUCCACUACCAGACGGUGUACUCCUACGGCUCGGGGGCCGUGUGGGUCCUCGGGCUUGUGCCCUUCAGCCAUGUGAACAUUGUCAAAUUCAACGUGGAAGACGGAGAGAUUGUUCAGCAGGUCAGGGUUUCGACCCCUUGGCUGCAGAGUCUCACUGGAGCCUGUGGUGUGGUGGAUGAGGCUGUGCUGGUGUGCCCGGACCCGAGCACACGCGCCCUGCACACUUUGGCCCUGGAGACGGAGUGGGAGCUGAGGCAGAUCCCGCUGCAGUCUCUCGAUUUAGAAUUUGGAAGUGGAUUCCAGCCCCGCAUCCUGGCCACACAGCCCAACCCAGUGGAUCCGCCCCGAGCCCAGUUCUUUCUGCAGUUAGCCCCCAGCCACUAUGCUCUGCUGCACUACCAUCACAAGACCCUGAGCCUGCUCAGGAACUUCCCACAGACUCCCCUGGUGAGCUUUGCCACCACUGGCGAGAAGACAGUGGCUGCGGUCAUGGCCUGUCUCAAUGAAGCGAAGCCUAGCAGCUCUGAAGAUGGGUCAGUGGGGAGCAGCUCAGAGAAGUCAAGUCCCAAGGACUCCUUGACCUGCUUCAACCAGACGUACACCAUUAACCUCUACCUGGUGGAGACAGGCCGGCGGCUGCUCGACACCACAAUCACGUUUAGCCUGGAGCAGAAUGGCACUCGGCCUGAGCGGCUGUACAUCCAGGUGUUCCUGAAGAAGGAUGACUCCGUGGGCUAUCGAGCCCUGGUGCAGACGGAGGAUCAUCUGCUGCUGUUCUUGCAGCAGCUGGCAGGCAAGGUGGUGCUGUGGAGCCGGGAGGAGUCGCUGGCAGAAGUGGUGUGCCUUGAGAUGGUGGAUCUCCCCCUCACGGGGGCGCAGGCCGAGCUGGAAGGGGAAUUUGGCAAGAAGGCAGCGAUUCAAGACGGCUUGCUGGGCAUGUUCCUGAAACGCCUCUCGUCUCAGCUCAUCCUGCUGCAGGCGUGGACAGCCCACCUCUGGAAAAUGUUUUAUGAUGCGCGGAAGCCCCGAAGUCAGAUUAGGAAUGAACUCAACAUCGACACCCUGGCCAGAGAUGAAUUCAGUUUGCAGAAGAUGAUGGUGACGGCAACAGCGGCAGGCAAGCUGUUCGGCAUUGAGAGCAGCUCUGGCACCAUCCUGUGGAAGCAGUAUCUACCCACUGUCAAGGCCGACUCCUCCUUUACGCUGAUGGUGCAGAGGACCACCGCCCACUUCCCCCACCCUCCACAGUGCACCCUCCUGGUGAAGGACAAGGAGACGGGAGUGAGCGCUCUCUAUGUCUUCAAUCCCGUUUUUGGGAAGUGGAGUCAGGUGGCUCCCCCAGUCCUGAAGCGCCCCAUCUUGCAGUCGUUGCUUCUGCCCAUCAUGGAUCAAGACUAUGCCAAAGUGUUGCUGUUGAUCGAUGAUGAGUACAAGGUCACCGCUUUCCCAGCCACCCGGAACGUCUUGCGACAACUCCACGAGCUGGCACCCUCCAUCUUCUUCUACUUGGUGGAUGCCGGUCAGGGGCGGUUGAGUGGUUAUCGACUUCGAAAGGACCUCACCGCUGAACUGAGUUGGGAGCUGACCAUCCCCCCAGAAGUGCAGCGGAUCGUCACGGUGAAGGGGAAGCGCAGCAGUGAGCACGUUCACUCCCAGGGCCGAGUGAUGGGGGACCGGAGCGUGCUCUACAAGAGCCUGAACCCCAAUCUGCUGGCUGUGGUGACAGAGAGCACAGACAUGCACCACGAGCGGACCUUCAUCGGCAUCUUCCUCAUCGACGGUGUCACCGGACGCAUCAUCCACUCCUCCGUGCAGAAGAAAGCCAAGGGCCCCGUCCACAUUGUGCAUUCUGAGAACUGGGUGGUGUACCAGUACUGGAACACCAAGGCUCGGCGCAAUGAGUUCACCGUGCUGGAGCUCUACGAGGGGACGGAACAGUAUAACGCCACGGCCUUCAGCUCCCUGGACCGCCCACAGCUGCCCCAGGUCCUCCAGCAGUCCUACAUCUUCCCCUCUUCCAUCAGUGCCAUGGAAGCCACCAUCACGGAGCGGGGCAUCACCAGCCGACACCUGCUUAUUGGGCUACCUUCAGGAGCAAUUCUGUCCCUUCCUAAGGCUUUGCUGGAUCCUCGCCGUCCUGAGGUACCAACAGAACAGAGCAGAGAGGAGAAUCUGAUCCCGUAUUCUCCAGACGUUCAAAUACACGCAGAGCGAUUCAUCAACUAUAACCAGACUGUUUCUCGGAUGCGUGGGAUCUACACGGCGCCCUCCGGCCUGGAAUCCACGUGUUUGGUUGUGGCCUAUGGGCUGGACAUCUACCAAACUCGGGUCUACCCGUCCAAACAGUUUGAUGUCUUGAAGGAUGACUAUGACUACGUGUUAAUCAGCAGUGUCCUCUUCGGCCUGGUUUUUGCCACCAUGAUCACAAAGAGACUGGCUCAGGUGAAACUCCUGAACCGGGCCUGGCGCUAGAGACCAACUGCCAACGAGCUGAGAGCCGAGGGGGCAGUGGGUCAGGUGAGCAGCAAUAGCUGCAAUUUUUGAGUGUGUGUGACGGACGCUCAUCUCAGCUAAGUGUGGUGAGGAGGAGGGCUUCCACGUGGCGCUCCACCAGGAUGUGAUGUUGCGGGGUUCUGCUUUGGGGAGACCGAACCCACCUUCUCCACUUUGAUCACAGAGCAUCUUGAUGGACUCUCCCCAAGCCCAAGGGUUGUCAUUGCCGCUUCCUGCCUCAGCCCAUCCAUCACCAUUCCCUGCUUCUCUCUCUCUCUUUCUAAGCUCUCCGACAGACUUUCUGUUGGGAGGACAGUUUGAUUUCUUUCAACUUGCCUUCUGGGUUUCCCUCCACAUCACCCUUUCCCCGGCCUCUUGCUUCAAAGUUGGGAGGGAGCUCUUUGUGAGAACUCCACUCCUGUAAGGCAUCUGCUGUUGGCAGAAAUAAGCCGUCUUUAGCCAAGGUUGGUGACAGGCAGCCUUCCAUGGCUUCUCUGGGAGAACUAAGAAGCUGCGGAAUCCAUACAAUGGUGUCAGAGUUGCUGCUGAGUCUCCAGUUCACCCUCAUUCAUGACAUUGGGCCGCCCCACCCUGGUUUCAACUCACCAGAAACCAAGUUCAGCAUUUUCACCCCGAGGUGGCAGAGCUCCGCCCUCUUUAGAACUACUGAACUGUUGAAACUGGAAAGAAGCUCAGCUGUGUUCCAGUCAUCUGUCCCGGAACACCAUCCACAGACUGGUCACCCCAGACCCGUUAGAGCAAGGUGUCCUUGUGUAAGAGCCCCCGUUAUUUAUUUUUGGUUUUGUAUAUACAUGAACAUGUGGGUCACCGUGUUUCUCUUAAAGCACCACACUGGAAGGCUUCUGGGCGAACCUUGGGAGCUUCAUAAAAAGAGGGGUGCAGAACGGCUAGAGGUAGCAAGUAGCUGUUUGUGCUACAACUUAAGGAGGCCCUGACAGGCUUUGUGGGGAGUGGUGAGGGGGCUUCCUUUCUCUGGAGAAUGAACUGUAGAGAGUAGACCAGCUCUAGCCCUGUGGGGGAAGGGGUUUGAAUAAAGAGCGAUCAAUGGAA